UCCUUUGCACAGUCUAUCACAACAAACAAACCUAUAUACCCCGAGCACUUUCCAAUCAGUUCACCGCCUUCUUCCUGUUGGCUCUUCAUCUCCUCCUUCCGUCUUCUUCCUAGGCCCUAGGGUUUACUGAAACUCACAGUUUCUGACAACAAACAGGGAGUGACAAAUUUUUAGUAGCUAUGCCGCAGGGAGAUUACAUAGACCUUCACAGGAAGCGGUAUGGGUACCGACCAGACCACUUCGAGCGAAAGCGCAAGAAGGAGGCUCGUCUCGUCCAUAAGCGUUCUGAGACUGCUCAGAAGGCUCUGGGUAUCAAGGGUAAGAUGUUUGCUAAGAAGCGCUAUGCUGAAAAGGCUCUCAUGAAGAAAACGUUGAUUAUGCAUGAGGAGUCAUCAACUAGGCGCAAGGUGGAUGAUGAUGUUCAUGAAGGCUCUAUUCCCGCAUAUCUGAUCGAUCGUGUCAAAACAACACGUGCGAAAAUUCUGAACAACACCAUUAAGCAAAAGCGGAAGGAGAAAGCUGGGAAAUGGGAAGUCCCACUGCCCAAGGUGAGGCCUGUGGCUGAAGAUGAGAUGUUCAAAAUUCUUAGAUCUGGAAAACGCAAGACCAAGCAAUGGAAGAGGAUGGUCGCAAAAGCUACAUUUGUGGGACCUGGUUUCACGAGGAAACCUCCUAAGUAUGAGCGAUUUAUCCGUCCCAGUGGGUUGCGAUUCACCAAAACUCACGUGACACACCCUGAACUUAAGGCCACUUUUAACCUUGAGAUCAUUGGUGUGAAGAAGAAUCCUAAUGGUCAAAUGUAUACAUCUCUUGGUGUCUUGACCAAGGGAACCAUCAUUGAGGUGAAUGUCAGUGAACUCGGUCUAGUCACACCUGCCGGGAAAGUUGUGUGGGGGAAGUAUGCUCAGGUGACAAAUAAUCCAGAGAACGACGGGUGUGUUAAUGCAGUUCUGCUCGUUUAAGAGGAUCACUUGAUGAACAUCAGUGAAUUGUGGUAAACUGAUGUCGUAUCGUUUAGUGGACCACGAAAUUUUGGGGUCUUGAGCGCAUAUUGUGGCUUGUUCAGAAUAGUUGUUUAUUUCCAAAUUAGUAUCAACGGAGAAGUUUUUUUCCUACUGACCUGGAUGCCUGAAUGUAUUUUGGUUGAGUACACUACAAAAGCAGGCUUGCAAUUAUUUG